GGUCCUUGGCCAGAACCUAGUGGUAUUUGGGGGGCCUUGUCGUGGAAAAGUUUGGGAACCCCUGGAUCAUAUCAUUGUUCUAUCAAGUCUGCAGUCUUUCCCAUGCUUGUGGUUGUGUUUACUGAACCAGACUAAGAGUUUUAGGCUCAGUAUAUGUUGAGAUAGGCCUACUCAUUUUUGGUGGCUUGAAAUAUAAAUUGAAAUGGCUUGAAAUAGUUCACAUCUAAUGAAUCUAGAAUAAAUGAAAGAUUCACUUUUUGAAAUAAAUUAGGGGGGGAAAUGAACUUUCCCGUUAUAUUAAAGCGCAUUUUUUAUGCUUUUUCUCACAAAUGAUCUUUAAUUUUUUCUAAUUCAUUUUUGUUGCUUGAGGUGGGUUCUGCUGAUAUAUUAAGAACACUUACACUACACAUUUGGAUACCAGGACCCCUGACCUUAAAUUGUGAAACUGAAAGUAAUUUUGCGCUGAGCCAGCCAAUUCUUUGGACCAUUCGCGCAAUGCAACCUAGCGGCGAGCACACCGCACAUGCCGCUUCCUGUCAUCAGUAUAGGCGCGUAUGGCGAUUUGAUUAAGGAAGUAGGCCUGAUAACUUUAUCUUUAUGACUUCCUACUUAUUUUGCACAGCCGAACAUACUGUAGAACAAGUGUGUAACUCCGUAGCCUAGAGCAAUGGAGACCAUUUCAGGAGAAGUCAGUCCAACAGCUGCCUCGGUGGACGAUAGCACUGAAUUUAAAUUGCUCCAGGCAUACUGCACCAGGCGGAAAAAGAGGAGUUCUAAAAGAAGAAGCGCUUUGAACGAGUCGCUGGUCACUCCACUGAGGUUACCCCACCACACUUCUCAACUCAAGCCAAACCAGAAAGCUGUAGGAUCGAGUGGUUUAAGACGUGUUGCCCAGGGACUAGCCCCACCGGAUGAGUUGGGCAGAGUUGCUGACAAGCUUACCCAGAUCGCCGACAAUGUAGACCACGUCCCUGAUGUAGUAGUGACUGAUAGCGAUGAUCUUAUCCAGAGACUUGUUGAACUCCUGAGGGAAGCUGGGGAUGAACUGGAUGGAAAGAACCCAGAGCUGGUCAAACAGCUCCAAGGCUCCUUCUCUUACAGCUUAUUUGAGAAGGUAACCAAGACUUUCUUGGACUGCGUUGUCCCCUCCUGGGCUGGUAGUACACAUGGCACCCAGCAGGCCCAGAUAGCCAUGACCUUUGAGGUGACUAGCAGGCUCUCGACUCUGGAUGUGCAGCCCAUGAACCGAAUUAUGGGCUUCGGAGCCCAUUUCCUGCAGCAGAACUUCUCUGGAUGGGUGCAGAAGUAUGGAGGCUGGGAGAAAGCCUUUGAUGGGCAGGACGAUGAAGAUGAGGUCCAGUGAGGCACACAGAUUUCUAUACUUCCUUUCUCUCUAAUGUCAGGAAAGCCUUGACAAGGGACCACAGUUGU